AUGGCAGUGAUGGGUCUGUUACUCCUUGCUAUUCUUCACUUCACACACACUGAAUUGCAUUUGGGAAAGUCAGAAUUGGCCCUUUCAAGAUUUAGCAGUUGUGUAAUGAUUAUUACAUAUGGGGCCUACUUCUUCCUAUUGUUGGAAAUGCAGCAGAACAUGCAAGUGCCAUCAUUUACAAUCUUUGCAGGAUAUCUCUUUAGGAGUCGCGAUUGGCUCCUCAACACAAAUAUCUAUGUUUGUUAUUCCAUUUGUGUGGUUGUUGGGUGGAUCAUGGGGCAUCCUUUGGACCUAAAUUUUCAACUUUUUGAGACAACAACUCUUAUUAUGACAGUUCUAGUAGUGGCUUUCAUGUUGCAAGAUGGAACAUCCAAUUACUUCAAGGGAGUAAUUCUUGUGUUUUGCUAUUUGAUAGUUGCUGCAAGUCCAAAGAAACUUGAAUGGGAUUGGACCAUUGUGCUUCCUGAUUUGCUGCUAUCAAUGGAUGUUGUAGUCUUUGGUAAUGGAACCGUGGAUGUGGUGGUGGUGGUGGUUAUCGUGGUGGUGCCCCAGUCAACCAAAUCCAAACCUUAA